AAUUACCUGAAGAAAUGGAUACUACUCCCUCCAAAAAAUAUCCAGUUAAAAAACGGGUGAAAAUACAUCCUAACACAGUGACGGUGAAAUACACUUCUCAUUAUCCCCAGCCUGGGGAUGAUGGAUAUGAAGAAAUUAAUGAAGAUUAUGGAAAUUUUAUGGAAGAAAAUCCAAAGAAAGGCCUGUUGAGUGAAAUGAAAAGAAAAGGAAGAACUUUUUUUGGAACCAUGGAUACCCGACCGCCACCAACAGAAGACCCCAUGACAAAUGAGAUUGGACAAUUCCAAAGCUUUGCAGAAAAAAACAUUUUUCAAUCCAGAAAAACGUGGAUAGUGCUGUUUGGAUCUGCUUUGGCUCAUGGAUGUGUAGCUCUUUUCACUAGGCUUGUUUCUGACCGUUCUAAAGUUCCAUCUCUAGAACUGAUUUUUAUCCGUUCUGUCUUGCAGGUCUUAUCCGUGUUAGUUGUAUGUUAUUACCAGGAGGCCCCCUUUGGACCCAGUGGAUAUAGAUUACGACUCUUCUUUUAUGGUAUAUGCAAUGUCAUCUCUAUCACCUGUGCUUAUACAUCGUUCUCUAUAGUUCCUCCCAGCAAUGGGACCACUAUGUGGAGAGCCACAACUACAGUCUUCAGUGCCAUUUUGGCUUUUUUACUUGUAGAUGAGAAAAUGGCUUAUAUUGACAUGGCUACAGUUAUUUGUAGCAUCUUAGGUGUUUGUCUUGUCAUGAUCCCCAACAUAGUUAAUGAAGAAAAUUCCUUGUUAAAUGCUUGGAAAGAAGCCUUUGGAUAUACUAUGACUGUGAUGGCUGGGCUGACCACUGCUCUUUCCAUGAUAGUAUACAGAUCCAUUAAGGAGAAGAUCAGCAUGUGGACUGCACUGUUUACCUUUGGUUGGACUGGGACAGUCUGGGGAAUAUCUUCUAUGUUCAUUCUUCAAGAACCCAUUAUCCCAUUAGAUGUAGAAACCUGGAGUUAUCUCAUUGCUAUUUGUGUCUGUUCUACUGCAGCAUUCUUAGGAGUUUAUUAUGCCUUGGACAAAUUCCAUCCAGCUUUGGUCAGCACAGUACAACAUUUGGAGAUUGUGGUAGCAAUGGUCUUGCAGCUUCUAGUGUUACACAUAUUUCCUAGUGUCUAUGAUGUCUUUGGAGGGAUAAUCAUUAUGAUUAGUGUUUUUGUCCUUGCUGGCUAUAAACUUUACUGGAGGAAUUUAAGAAGGCAGGAUUACCAGGAAAUAGUAGACUCUCCCAUUAAAUGAAUACCUGAUUAUUAUCUUCUUAACCAUCAGUUAUUAAUACGUA